AUGGAUUCCAUUAAGCUGGAAUGGGAUCGCUUGCCCAGAGAGGAUGUUGAGGCAGAAUGCAAAUUUCGUGGCAUAGAGGGCGAAAGUUUGUCUAUUCUGCGCGAUAAUUUAAAGAGCGCGAUUGAGAAUGAAGCGGCCGCAGCGGCUGCUCCUCUGAAGGUAGUAGGCAAAGAGGCAGUAGAUGCAGAAGCUAAAUCAUUAGCUGAGUAUUUAGUUUCGGUGAAACAAGCAGUCAAAUUGUGUUGCGAAUCGAAAAAAUCAAGUGAGGCACGGAAGCUGAGAUCGAGAAUCGCGUAUGCUUUCAUGCGUAUGCAGCGCAUCGAGCUGUAUGACGACAGGUUAGCCGACUCGAUUACGAAGCUGAAGGUCCAUUUGCAACAGAGUUUUGACUGGUUGCGAAGCGGAAUAUUAGAUACUGAGGAGCCCAGCACGAGUAACGCAAAAUCGCUUUUAGAGACAUUAAAUGAUUCAUUUGAGCAGCUAGAUCAAAUUGGUGCACCGAGCGAUUUUGGGUUUGCAGCUGCAGCGCACGGGCCGCAAAUGCAAUACUUUGUUCCCGUGUCGCACGGUCAAAUUCUAAAUCAAGCGUCGUUAGAGAGUCGUCAAAAUAGCGGCGUCUUAUUGGUGCCAAAUUGUAACUCGAAGCGGAGGAUUUACACAAGGGAUUGGAAAGUGUCAUUUUCGGGCGAGCAGUCCAGUAAAAGGUCACUGGCUAGUUUCUUGCGGGAAGUCGGACUUAAGCGAAAAGAGAGCAAUUUGACAGACUCCGAGUUUUGGGACACUGCCCAUCAUUUAUUUGAGGGUAGGGCGAAGGCUUGGUUUCUCAUGAACCACAAGAAGUGGCACUCGUGGGUGGAAUUUGAGCCGCAUCUGAUUGCAAAUUUCAAACCUCCAGAUUAUGAUGACCGGUUAUGGGAUCAAUUGCGUUCGCGCAGGCAAGCCCGCGACGAAAGGCUUAAUUUGUUUUGUUCGGAAAUGGAGACAUUGUUUUCCCUGCUUAGCAAUCCUCCAUCCGACCGGGAAAAAUUGGAAUUCGUAAGAAAGCGAUUGGCCCCAUAUUGGUUGCAAAAUCUGCCCUGGGGGGACAUUCACAGUUUAGAUGAUUUGCAAGGAAGAGGUUUAAAUUUGGAAUCAGUGAAGCACUUGAUUGACAAGUAUAGAGAUCCGCAGGCGCAGGAAGAUCCUGUUGAGCCAGAAUUUGCGUAUAGAGUUAGUGAGAAAGCGGACAAGAAAGAUGAGAAAGGGAAAGUAGCCCUGGUGGGCUCCUUCGUUACCCCUGGUGCAGCCCCGUCUUUUGGUGGUCCGUUUCAGACGUUUAGGCUGGCACCUCCCCAUCCUGAAGUGGUCGGCAAACAACACCUUGCCUGGACCCUUCGUGUGUAG